ACCGCGCAUGUCACCAUCCCAAAAUGCUAUGCUGUAACUGUGGUCGGCCAUGUUAACAGGGUUGUCUUGCUUUAAGAGCUACUAUCGGGAUAUGCUUAAUAUCGGAUGUCAUUGCUGUUCAUUUUUCGUGUUUUGUAGUAUCUGAGCAUUUUGGAAACUAUGGUUGCUGUUACAGGAGGUACCGAAGCAGGCUGUUGCUGAUCCAGAUAUCAAUGCUUCCAAAACUCUUCACUACCUCUCUUUUUGUGUGCCAUUAUGCAGUACCAGAGCUUGAGUCGGAGAGCUGAAUGCUUCUUUGUUUAUUCUCUAGAGAAGAGGACCUGACACCUAAUCAAUCUGGAAUGACCUAGUAGUUGGUUGAAGUCUUGUAGCACUUUGCUGAUUCAGCAGUCUUUUAGGACGGAACUGCUGAAUGUGGCACUUCAACAUCACAGCCAAAGUGAUCUGCGAGCCUUGUUUUCUCUUUCCCUUUGACUCCUCCCCCCUCCCCCCCAACACACGCCUUCUUCAGGCAUUCCAGUUUGCUGCAUAGAAUUGGUGUGUACAGUCAAGAGCCAGAAAUAUUAAUGGAACAUAAUCAUGUCAGUACAGGACGAGAGGCAGGUUAAUACAGAGUAUGCUGUAUGCCUUUUGGAACAACUUAAAUUUUUUUAUGAGCAGCAGUUGUUAACUGACAUUGUGUUAAUAGUUGAAGGAACUGAAUUCCCCUGCCAUAAAAUGGUUCUUGCUACAUGCAGCUCAUACUUCAGGGCCAUGUUUAUGAGCGGAUUGAGUGAAAGCAAGCAGACGCAUGUACAUUUAAGGAAUGUUGAUGCUGCAACAUUACAGAUCAUCAUAACCUAUGCAUACACUGGUAAUCUUGCAAUACGUGACAGUAUUGUUGAACAGCUCUAUGAAACGGCCUGCUUUCUACAGGUAGAAGAUGUACUGCAGCAGUGUCGGGAGUAUUUAGUUAAGAAAGUGAAUGCUGAAAACUGUGUUCGAUUAUUGAGUUUUGCUGAUUUGUUUAGCUGUGAAGAGUUAAAACAGAGUGCUGAAAGAAUGGUGGAACAUAAAUUUACCACUGUUUAUCACCAAGAUGCAUUCCUACAGCUUUCACAUGAUCUGCUUAUAGACAUCCUUAGUAGUGACAAUUUAAAUGUUGAAAAAGAAGAAACUGUACGAGAAGCUGCAAUGUUAUGGUUGGAGUACAAUACAGAGUCACGAUCACAGUACCUGUCCUCUGUUCUUAGCCAGAUUAGAAUUGAUGCACUUUCAGAAGUAACACAAAGAGCUUGGUUUCAAGGUUUGCCGCCCAAUGACAAAUCAGUGGUGGUACAAGGACUUUACAAGUCAAUGCCAAAGUUUUUCAAACCAAGACUUGGCAUGACUAAAGAAGAAAUGAUAAUAGUUAUUGAAGCUGCUUCUGAAAAUUCUGAUUCAUUUUAUUCAUCUAUCUGUUACAGUCCUCAGGCAGAAAAGGUUUACAAGCUGUGUAAUCCUCCUGGGGACCUGCAGAAAGUAGGUACAGUUGUAACGAAUGAUAAUGAUAUUUACAUAGCUGGUGGACAGGUUCCUCUCAUAAGCGCUAAAACCAGUCACAGUAAAACAAGCAAACUUCAAUUAGCAUUUAGAACGGUCAACAAUUUCUACUGUUUUGAUGCACAGCAAAAUAAUUGGUUUCCAAAAACCCCAAUGUUGUGUGCUCGUGUAAAGCCUUCCUUAGUGUAUUGUGAAGGGUGCAUCUAUGCAGUUGGAGGAGAUAAUGUGGGUGGGGAACUUAAUAAACGGACUGUGGAAAAGUAUGAUUGCGAGAAAGAUGAGUGGACAAUGGUAAGCCCAUUGCCUUGUGCUUGGCAGUGGAGUGCUGCAGUGGUGGUCCAUGACUGCAUUUAUGUAAUGGCACACAAUUUAAUGUAUUGUUACUUUCCAAGAGCAGAUACCUGGGUAGAGAUGGCUAUGCGUCAAACAAGCAGAUGCUUUGCAUCAGCUGCAGCAUUUGGAGAUAAAAUAUUUUAUAUUGGUGGUUUGCAUAUUGGCAGCAAUUCAGGCAUGAGGCUUCCAACUAGCACUGUGGAUGGAUCUGCCGUAACAGUGGAGAUAUACGAUGUAAACAAGAAUGAAUGGAAGGUAGCAUCUAGCAUCCCUGCAAAGAGAUAUUCUGAUCCUUGUGUUCGAGCUGUUGUGAUAUCAAAUUCUUUGUGUAUUUUUAUGAGAGAGACUCAUAUGAAUGAAAGGGCCAAGUAUGCAAUUUAUCAGUAUGAUAUGGAGCAGGAUCAGUGGAUUUUGAAGCAGUCUGUUUCAGAGCGUGUUCUCUGGGAUCUGGGAAAAGACUUUCGUUGUGCUGUAGGAAAGCUUUAUCCAUCCUGCCUUGAUGAGUCUCCUUGGAAACCACCUGCUUAUUUGUUUCCACCUGAUGGGGCUGAUGACUUUGACAUAGAUGGUGAAAUGGUUACUUUACCACUCGUAUAAUCAGAAAUAACUUACAACUUUGCAAACAGCAUUACAGUGCAGUAGAGCUCUUUGGUCUACCCAAGUGGCAUGCUUGCUGUGAACCAGACCAUACAUUGCAGAGAUUAGACUUACCUUGGGCAGGUUUUUUCCAUUGUAACCUCAUUUACAUUUAGGUAGUCAUUUAAGUAUCUGCUUAUAUUGUUCACUUUCCAAAAGGAGAUGUAUGAAUUAAGAAUGGAAGGGAUCAGCUGUUAAUUCCCAGAAAGCUGCUUUUUCAUUUUAAAAGCUAAUUUAUAUGGAUUAGUUUUUGAACAUUGAGUUAUAGACCUAAAAAAUCUUAAGAGCCGUGUAAGUUUCUGAAAAGUGUUAAGGGAGGCUGCUCCUGUAACCAGUAUUUUUAAAUGCAGUGUUCACUUCAUAUCCAUAUGCAGCAAGUUCCUGUGGGUCAGGCUUUCUAUUGGAUGUCUUUAAGCUAAGCUUCUCACACAGCAUAAGGCUUUUAGAUAUAAGCAUACUGGAAACUGAGAUUAAUGUACUGCUUAUGCAGAGGAGGUUGUUUUUUUUUUUUUUAUUCACUUCUGCAUACCACUUGUGAAACAGUGUUUAAUCUUUAUGUGCAGCAGUUAUAGUAUUUUGAAAGAUGGGUUAACGUGCACACACCAAUCUUUGAGGGUAAUAAACUGGGAGACAGGAUCUUAAAAAAAGAGGAUUCCGUUAAUCACUGAAUCUCCGUUGACAAGCGAAAGCUCACCAGAAUUACUUACAAAACUGGCAUUUCACUGAAUCAUGAAAUUACAUUUACAACUCUGUAAUAGUAUGUUUGUCUUCCCUAAGACUGUGCUGCCUUGAAGUUGCAAUAUUUAAAAGUGAGGAUGGCAGACAUGUUACUCCCUACUGAAACAGUGUACCAUUCUUUUUUCACUUGUUUCCUGAUUUGAGGACAUACCAGUUCAGUAAGCAGUUUUGGUAAGUUGCAUUUCACUGAAAAGUGAUUCUGUACCUUAAGGCCUGUAUAAAACUAUUUUUUUGAUAGGACCGAAUACUGUAGUAGUACUGAGAAUUUUUUUUUGUCAUGUAGCAAGUUUUCAGUUUUCUAAUGGUAAAAAAAUGUGCAGAUGAAUUCAUAAAGAUAUUUGUAGUGGAUACUGAGUGAUGAGUUAGCCUGUCAGUUAUAUUUGUGAUGUCUCUGUUAAUUAUCUGCUUUGUCAUGGCUUGUCAUAUAUGGCUCUGUUUUACGUUCCAUUCAAGUGGUACACCUUAUUCCAGUUUCUUGUUGAAUACGCUCUCUGUUUAAUAAGCCUUCCUUUUACCUUGCAGUGCUUGUUGGUAAGGUAUAACAAAAGCCUUGUGUGAUUACACUUUUAUCCCACAAAGGUAUCUUUGUGGUAAGGGGACAGAAUUACCUUUGUCAAAAUGUAAUAGAAUUCUGAAGCUUGUUGUUUCCUUAUUCUAAUGUAUUGGUUGCUGUUUACAGAGAUAGGUACAUCUUUUGAUUUCCUUGGAUGGCUUGCCAGCAGCAGUAACCAGCAUUAGAAGAAACCCUUGUAGAAAGAGUUCAUUCCCAUUUGUAAACAUGGGCUUUGCAAAUGUUUGAAAAGUCAUCCGACCUAAUUUUCAAUAGUCUCCUGAUGUUCUUCGUGUUUGCAGGUUGCCCUCAG